AAUGAAAAAGGUAAGAAUGGAAGCCUCCUAGUUCGAUUCGUAACCUUUAAGGCUUAAACUGAGCUAGUGCCGAGUGAUAACUCAUAAACCCUUGCAAAGAAUCCUCGAAAGCUUCCUUCAUUUACUAUCGAGGACUACUAUAUCAAACUUCUUCUAUUUUUUUCAGCACAAGAGUGAUUAUCUAGUUUUAGAAGAAUCGAUGGAUUUGGAACCCCUUCUCUGGAUUAUCUUUUUCCUCAUGAAUAUGGGUCUCAUCGCAUUGAAUCUCUACCAGAUUGUGAGUUUAUCAGAUUUGGAGGCUGACUACUUAAACCCAUAUGAAUCAUCAUCUCGCAUCAACCAUGUGGUGAUUCCUGAGUAUUUGCUGCAUGGCGCAUUCUCCAUUCUAUUUCUUCUGUCAGGGCACUGGUUCUUCUUCCUGGCUACUCUUCCAGCAGCUUACAUCAAUUUGAGGAAAUUUAUGAAGAGAGAACAUCUUAUUGAUGUAACUGAAGUUUUCAGAGUCCUUAGUGUGGAGAAGAAGCUUCGGAUUGUCAAGCUGGGAUUCUAUUUACUUCUCUUUGUACUCGUCAUGACCAGGCUUGUAUUUGUUACUAUCAAUUCUGCAGUGGAUGAAAGUGAAGCUACUCACCUUUUUGGCUUGUUCUGAACUCUUCCAGCUUUAGUGAUGUGAUUUAUCUCUCUUCCUACUGGGCAGAAACAUCUGUGAACCUGGAUUUGGAGUCUGACCAACCAAACACAUAACUCUCAAAUCCAAGUUACUAACAUAAUUUUCUAGAUGGCUGUGGAGUUAUUUACCCUCUCGUAUUACUAUUUGCAUGAUGAUGCAUAACACGAAGCAUGUAUGAUUAAGAACCGCCUAUAGGUAUUAGAGCUACCGAUGUGGAUUGCAACUUCAGCAUAAUCAUUUCUUUUACCCAUCUUGACUUUGAGUGGGUA